AUGGCUAUUUCAGGAAAAGCCGAAGUGGAAUGCGGUGACAAAACAAUUGAAGUUGUUUUUCUGACAGAAGCUGUUUUCGAUGGACGAAUAUUCGUUAUUGGACAUGCGAAUGACACAAGGUGUUUCUCACGAGAUACUGGAAGACGAACAACUUCUAUUCUUAUAAAUAAGGAUGAAUGUGGUGUUGUUACGACACGUUCGACUAAUCCCCCAGGACUAUUUUCAAAUGUCAAAAUCAUGAUCUCCUUCCAUAAUGAGUUUAUAACUAAGGUGGACCGGAUUCCGCACUAG